AUGACGCUAGUGGCACCAUCAGAAGUCACUGACAAAGAAGCUGAAGACAUUACUACUAAUAAAGAAGAAUCAAAGAAGUCUGGUAAUGAAGCGGCCAUCAAAAACCUGGUUCCUGGAUCCAAAACCCUUGUUGUUCUCUUUGGUUGGGCUGGAUGCAAAGACCGAUAUCUCUCGAAAUACGCUCAAUAUUAUCAGGAAGCUGGAAUAUCAACAGUUCGGUUCACUGCGCCCAUUGCCAAGAUCCGUAGCUUUGCAUCGUACCGCCCAUUUGCCAGAAGCUUCCAUCAAAUCCUCAACGAAAUUCUCAAGGAAGACUCUGAAAUCACUACCAUGUAUUUCCACGUUUUCUCAAUGAAUGGAUGUUCUCUAUUAGCUGCAUAUUGGGAUCAACUAAACGAAUUGGAGAAUGGAAAAGAAAUUCAAUCCAGGUCAAAAGGGCUCAUCUUUGACAGUUGCCCAGCAUUCACAUCACCAUCCCAAAGUGCACAUGCCAUUUCAUUUGCGACUUUGCCACCAAGCCACUACCAUGGAGCACUGCGAGGAUCCUACCGAGCUGUUCUCUAUACAUUCUUCUCCUUCCAUCGAGGUGUUUUAUGGUUAAGGAGUUUUUUGGAUAAGGACAUUUACGAGAAACAUUACGCUUACUUCAAAAUGAUCACAUUCGAAAAUCUGCCGAACAAACAGCUAUACAUUUAUGGACCAGCAGAUUUGGUGUGCUCUGAAGAAUCUAUUGAGGACUAUGCCAAGCUCAUGGAAGAACGUGGAAUAUCGAUCUCAAAAUGCCGCCUUCUUGAUUCUCUCCACUGCCAACACCUCCGUUCGCACCCAGUGACCUAUACUCAAGAAUGCUUAGACUUUGUCAAAUCAGGUCAUCUUCCAGCCAAUCGAAGUCGUGUUGCUCUAGAAAACACAGAAGCAGCCGACGAAAACGAAGUUCCCGAAGAGCUUGCCUAUUAA